CGCGCCUCGCUGUCGGUCUGUGUUCGGGGUGAAGUGACUCGGGUCGGACGAGCGCGCGGCACCCGAUGGUAGCAGGUGACUUCCUUCUGCGGCGAGAGGUGGACGGGACCAGGAAUUGCAGAAUGCUGUAGUCUGUCCCAGGACUCGCGUGGAUGCCCUGGGUCUCGCGCGGAGGGACGCCCUUGCUCGAGCCGCCAGCCGCCGCGACCAUGUGAUCCGGGGAAGCGCUGUGCCAGGCCCUGCGCAUCGUGGAUGAGGAGGAGGCGCUCAGUGUCGGACGAUGCCGCGGGAGUUUCAGCAUCCGUGUCACAAGCUGUCGUGGAGGCUGGACGAGAACUAUGAGUCGGCGGAGGAAGUGGACUACAUCGAGGGCCCGGCGGUAGCCCAGCAGGGAAGCCCAGACGGCGCGACGCCCUGGCUCAGGACCGAGAGGGAACCCCUCUGCCGCAACGCCCAGACGCAGAGGCACCAUGGCUCCGCCGAGACGCAGCCCUUGGUCGAUCCGCGUCGGGCGGUGCUCCUGCCGGGCUACUGUCAGGACGACAUCCCCCUGUGGGACCACCCCGACCCGCCGGAGUUCGUCAACGGCGCCUCCACCGGGCACUUCCAGCCUUGCGACGACAUCCCCUGCAUCGUCGAGUCGGAGAACUCCCUGGGCUCGGACUCGAACCUCCGAGACGACCUCACGACGUACGCCACGACCAACGCCAGAGGAGGGGGAGGAUUCGACACGCUGGACGCCCCUCGAGGCUACAAGGCCCUGGCGCGGAGGUCCCUGGACUCCAUGCGGCCGUCGGUCACGCUCAGCAAGAUCAACGACUUCGUGCAGCGAGCCAAGUCGGAGGUGUUCGAGGGCGAGGACUCGACCCGAACCCGACUCCGACACCUGAUUCGGAACCACGGCUACAACGACGACACCCAAAGAUAUCAGCAAUGGGGAGUGGUCUUAGUGCAGGUGAAUGAAACAAAUCCUGGCUGCCCUGGUUUAUUAGGUUUAUUACUGAAGACAUGGUUAGCAGUCACACUAUAUUAUCGUGGAUAUUACCUCAUGGUAACUAGCAAGCACCAGGCUAUAGAAACCAGGAUUGGUCAACUCACCUUGCGUCAUAUAACUUCUUUCUCUUCCCCCUGA